CCUCUAUUUCCGUCGUCGCUCUUUCCGGUCACUUGUUCCGUCGUCGCUCCGCCGGCUCCACUUGCUCCGUCGGCGCUCUUACCGGUCUACUUGCUCCGUCUGCGCUCUUACCGGUCUACUUGCUCCGUCGUUCCAGUUCCUCUGUUGCACUGUACUGUACACAAACUGAGAAUGGAGGAAGAGAAUAAUGAAAUGAAAUCGUUUAAAGAUUUGGGCUUACCUGAGCAAUUGGUGGAAGCUUGUGACAAAUUGGGUUGGAAGGCACCACUAAAGAUUCAAAUUGAAGCAAUUCCGCUUGCGCUAGAAGGAAAAGAUGUGAUUGGACUUGCUCAAACGGGUUCGGGUAAGACGGGGGCUUUUGCUCUUCCUAUAUUGCAUGCACUCUUAGAAGCGCCACAGCCAAACCAUUAUUUUGCUUGUGUAUUGUCUCCUACAAGGGAGCUUGCUAUACAAAUUUCUGAACAGUUUGAAGCUUUGGGAUCUGAAAUCGGUGUCAAAUGUGCUGCGCUUGUUGGAGGCAUUGACAUGGUACAACAAACCCUCAAGCUAGCAAAGAAGCCUCAUAUUAUUGUUGGGACUCCUGGACGUGUCUUGGAUCACCUAAAAAACACUAAAGGAUUCUCUCUUAGUAAAUUAAAAUACUUGGUCUUAGAUGAGGCAGAUAGGCUGUUGAAUGAGGAUUUCGAAGAAUCACUUAAUGAGAUUUUAGGAAUGAUCCCUCGCGAGCGAAGGACAUUCCUUUUUUCUGCUACAAUGACAAAGAAGGUCGAGAAGCUCCAAAGGGUUUGUUUAAGAAAUCCUGUGAAGAUCGAAGCAUCAACCAAGUAUUCUACCGUCGACACACUGAAGCAACAAUUCUGCCUCUUGCCAGCAAAACAAAAGGAUUGCUACCUUGUGUACAUUCUCACAGAAAUGGCCGGAAGUACAUCAAUGGUGUUCACUCGGACAUGUGACGCCACUCGGCUUCUUGCUUUGGUUCUUAGAAAUCUCGGUUUGAAAGCCAUCCCAAUUAAUGGUCAUAUGAGUCAGCCCAAGCGACUCGGAGCCUUGAAUAAGUUCAAGUCCGGAGAUUGCAAUAUUCUUCUUUGUACCGACGUAGCUAGCAGGGGACUCGAUAUUCCAGCAGUGGAUAUGGUGAUUAACUAUGACAUUCCCUCAAACUCCAAAGAUUACAUACAUCGUGUGGGAAGGACUGCUCGUGCAGGACGCUCUGGUGUUGCCAUUUCCCUUGUGAACCAAUACGAGCUGGAAUGGUUCAUUCAGAUAGAGAAGCUUAUAGGCAAAAAGCUACCAAAGUAUCCUGCACUACCAGAGGAAGUUUUGCUUUUGGAAGAGCGUGUUGGUGAAGCCAAAAGAUUAGCAGCAACGAAAAUGAAGGAAUCUGGAGGGAAGAAGAAACGGAGGGGCGAUGAUUCAGGAGAAGACGAGGAUAUUGACAAAUACUUUGGUCUCAAAGAUAGAAGAAAAUCGUCGAUUAAGAAGUUUAGAAGAUAAAUAUAUACUGUCUCCUUAAAAAAAUGUAUGCUCUUGGUCUAAGAGUUUUUUUUUCUCAUUUAGUUUUGUCUUAGCUGAGAUUUUCAUAACAAAGUACUGAGAAAGUUAAACUAUUAUUUGGUUAUAGGGAAAAAAUUUAAAUUAGGAUUUGUAUACCUCGUCUUAAGUUAUAAAUACAAAAAAAACUUUUGUUUCACAUUA